AAAGGUGUGCCCAAUCUUUCAAAAGGCGUGCCAUCAAAAGGGGUGCCCAAUCCAUAAAAAGACGUGCAUCAAAAUGCGUGUCCAAUCCAUAAAAAGGCGUGCCAUCAAAAGUUGCGCCCUCAAAAGGCGCGCCCACUUCAUCAAAAGUCGUGCCCGACAGAAAGCGUCGAGCCAUCAAAAGGUGAGCCGGGGACGCGGCGAGGCACGUGAGCGACGGAGCGGCGUGUCGGCCGCGUCGUCAGUGUCAAUAUAAACCAAUGCGGAGGCGGAGGAAACCAAACCAGACUGAAACCUCUGAACUUGUUAUUCUGAAACAAUCUGUAAAUACUCUGUAUCCAACCCUUCUCGGAAACACUCAGCAACCCAAAAAACAUGGCCUCUUCUUCCCGUUCAGCUACCCAGAACAUGGCCUCAUCUUCCCGUGGUCUGCUCACUCUCUUUCCCGACCUCAACGAGUCAACAAG